AUGGGACCCGCGGGCCACAUCAUGAGCAUCAAGAUUGGCUCUCGGGGAGUAAUCGACUACGUCGCCUUCGCCUACGUGUUCGAAGGGACGACCUACGAGACUGUCCGCCAUGGAGGCCCCGGCGGCGGACUCAACGUGGCAUGCGAUGUUCUUCUGCCGUCCAAGAAAGCAGUUGAUCUUUCGGAUGAGGAAUACAUGAAUAAUAUCUCGGGAUGCAUCGGAGAGUUCGCCGGAACUCCUUGUAUAACUUCUUUCAACCUUCCUGUGCAAGAGAGAAAGAUCGUCGGCUUGUUUGGGCGUGCAGGAAAGUAUCUUAAGGCAAUUGGAGUCUAUUUGAUGCCUAAGUAG